CCCAGGUGAAUGCGAAGAAUCGUAAAAGAAAAAAACCGAAACCAUUUUAUCCAAAAACCCGUUACGAUAUGGAAGUUAACAGUGGUUCUUCAUCUUCUUCAUCAAUAAUAUCUGUUUCUCGUAACAGAAAUUCUCCAUCAUCAGAUCGUUUCAUCGGCAUGUUCUCAAGAUCUCAUCCAGAAAACGGAGCAGGAGAUAGUAUUCUUUCUGGUUGUGUUGAUGAUGGUGAUGAACUAGAUGAAGAUGAUGUUUUCUGGACUGGUGAUUUCUCUCAAUCUAAUAACAAUCUUUCUUCUCAAUCAAGCCCUAAAUCAUCAUCAUACAACAAGAAUACUAGUAAUAAUCAAACAAUUGGAUUCAAGAAUUUCGGUAUUCUUGCUGCAUUACCAGAAGAUGGUAAAAAAGAAUCCCCGUUAAUUGAUCGAGUACAUCGGAAAACUACUACAAUUCCGUCUCCGUUAUCUUCGUCGUCGAGGAUGAUACCUACGAUUCCUAAAGCGCAAAACCCUAGAGAUAGGGAUUAUUAUCAUCUUUCAUUACCUAAUGGUAAAAUCCAUCAUUAUCAAUCAGCUCCUGUUAAUGUGCCUGUACUUUCCAAGGCGGCGAAAGAAAGAAGGAAAACUAGGGUUUUAUUUGAUGAUGAUGUUGUUGGUAAUGAUGAUGAUGAAGAAAUGUUACCACCUCAUGAAAUUGUUGCUAGAGGUUCUGGUAAAUCACCAAGAACAACUUUCUCUGUUCUUGAAGGUGUUGGUAGGACAUUGAAAGGAAGAGAUUUACGUCAGGUUCGUAAUGCUGUUUGGCGCCAAACCGGAUUUAUUGAUUGACGAAGAAGAUUUCGUGAGUUAAGUUUUAUUCUUUCUUUGAUUUUUUUUAUGUUUUUUUUUACAAUCCCUAAUUUUAAAAUCCUGGAAGUGUUUUUGAUUUUCCUUCUCAAUUUUGAAUUUGGGGAAACAAACAUACAUAAAUCUGAGCAUAAUAAAAUAGUACUACAAUUUAGUUAUAUUUGUUUUUUGUCAAAUUUGAACAAUGAAAUAGAAUUUGAUUAUUAUACACAAUUUUUUUAUAU